AGGAAGAGAAACUCCCACAGUCACUGACACUGAGAGGAGAAAUGGCGCAGAAAGGAGUUCAGCUGGACCAAGAAACCUUCUCUUGUUCCAUCUGUUUGGAUCUACUGAAGGAUCCGGUGACUACAGCCUGUGGACACAGCUACUGCAGGAACUGUAUUAAAAGUUUCUGGGAUGAAGAGGACAGGAAGGGAAUCCACAGCUGCCCUCAGUGCAGGAAGACUUUCACACCGAGGCCUGUCCUGGAGAAAAACAUUGUGUUAGCAAGUUUAGUGGAGCAGCUGAAGAAGACUGGACUCCAAGCUGCUCCAGCUGAUCACUGCUAUGCUGGACCUGAAGAUGUGGCCUGUGAUGUCUGCACUGGGAGGAAGCUGAAAGCCAUCAAGUCCUGUUUAUCCUGUUUAGCUUCUUACUGUGAGAAACACCUCCAACCUCACUAUGACUCUCUGAAUUUUAAAAAACAUAAACUUGUUGAUGCUUCUGUGAAUCUCCAGGAGAACAUCUGCUCUCGUCAUGAUGAGGUGAUGAAGAUUUUCUGUCGUACUGAUCAGCAGAGUAUCUGUUAUCUCUGCUUAAUGGAUGAACAUAAAAACCAUGAAACAGUCCCAGCUGCAGCAGAAAGGACUGAGAAGCAGAAGGAGCUCGAGGUGAGACGACUAAACAUCCAGCAGAGAAUCCAGGAGCGAGAGAAAGAUGUGAAGCUGCUCCAGCAGGAGGUGGAGGCCAUCAAUGGCUCUGCUGAUAAAGCAGUGGAGGACAGUGAGAAGAUGUUCACUGAGCUGAUCCGUCUCAUCCAGAAAAGAAGCUCUGAUGUGAAGCAGCAGGUCAGAUCCCAGCAGGAAACUGAAGUGAGUCGAGUCAAAGAGCUUCAGGAGAAGCUGGAGCAGGAGAUCGCUGAGCUGAAGAGGAAAGAUGGCGAGCUGGAGCAGCUCUCACACACAGAGGAUCACAACCAGUUUCUACACAACUACCCCUCACUGUCAGCACUCAGUGAGUCUACACACUCAUCCAGCAUCAAUAUUCGUCCUCUGAGGUACUUUGAGGAUGUGACAGCAGCUGUGUCAGAGACCAGAGAUAAACUAAAGGACAUUCUGAGAGAGGAAUGGACAAACAUCUCACUGACAGUCACUGAAGUGGAUGUUUUGCUGUCACCACCAGAGCCAAAGACCAGAGCUGGAUUCUUAAAAUAUUCACAUGAAAUCACACUGGAUCCAAACACAGCACACAGACGUCUCUUAUUAUCUGAGGGGAACAGAAAAGUAACAAAAAUGAACCAACAGCAGUCUUAUUCUGAUCAUCCAGACAGAUUCAUUGGAUGUUUUCAGGUCUUGAGUAGAGAGAGUCUCACUGGACGUUGUUACUGGGAGGUGGAGUGGAGAGGGAGAGGAAUUUGUGUAGCAGUCACAUACAAGAAUAUCAGCAGAAAAAAGGACUUCAAUGAAUGUUUUUUUGGAUACAAUGACAAAUCUUGGGCAUUACGUUGUGACAUAAACAGUUAUAAAUUUUGGCACAACAAAGUACAAACUGUCCUCUCAGGUCCUCGGUCCUCCAGAGUAGGAGUGUACCUGGAUCACAGAGCAGGUAUUCUGUCUUUCUACAGCGUCUCUGAAACCAUGACUCUCCUCCACAGAGUCCAGACCACAUUCACUCAGCUGCUCUAUGCUGGACUUUGGCUUUAUUACUCUGAUGGAGACACUGCAGAGUUGAUUAAAGUCAAAUAGAGAAGACAGGUUCAUGUUGAUCCCUGACCAUUAUAUGUACUUGUGUAGUUUCUAAAUGAGGCUUUACAUUUUAGAAGCUGAGAAGUUCAGUGGUCCAUUGAUCUGUGAAAAUAAUAUUGCACUGAUUCAAACUGUACUUACAUUUAUAUGCCUUACAUCAAUAUAAAUCUGAAUUUGUUCUUAUGGCUGAUAAUCAUGUGAGUUUAAAUGAAUACUACUCUUCAUAUUCAGCAUGUUUGAAAUCGUUCAUCAGUCUGGUUAGUGGUUUUAUUCUGUAGUUGCUGUAGUGGGUUGUCAAAUGCAACAAUAUAUUGGAGCUGCAGUGAUUCAUCAGUUAGUCAAUGAUUAGGGAAUUGGUUGUUUUACAAUUAUUUUAGUCUCAUUUAAAGCUGGUUCCAGUUUCUGAAAUGUGAAGAUUGUUGCUUUUCUUGAUCAUAUAUGACAGUAAACUUAAUGUCUUUGAGGUUUGAACUUUUGAAAUGUAACAAAAAAUUGACUCCUUGAGGCUUUUGAUAUUAUAUUAUUAUUAUUAUUGUUGUAUCUAGAGUGUUGAAAUUUAAUGUCAUUCUCCAGAUGAAACGUUUGAUCACACUCGAUCAUUUGUACAUUUAAAUAUAAACGCUAAAUGAUACUGCCCUGUAUAUUGUGGAAGACAGAAAUGUUCCUUUGCCCUGAGCUGUGUCUGGCAGGCAGAGCGUCUCCACACUCCUCAAAUCUGAUGGUUCUGAUUUGGAGAAAAUGAGCUGAGGGAGACACCUGGUGGACAAACACAGACAUGGCAAGAAGAAAGACUAAAGUGCAGAAGGGAGACAAGGGAAAUUUCUUUUGCAGUUCGUCUGAAAGAUGGACUUGCGCUUUGGGAUCUUUUAAACAUCAUUAGGCGUGUUGCUGCGCGCUGUCAGUCCCGUCUGUGAGCGCAGAACAAGCGCUCACAAAGCAGCAGUUUGGGGAUGACGUCACACACAAUGGUCCUCUGUCAGAAUAUAGGAAAACCCGGACAUUUUUAUCAAUCUCGAAAAUCCCCCCGGACAGAACGUGAAAAGAGGACAUGUCCGGGGAAAAUAGCAUUU